CUGAAAAAACGCGAACGAAUUCGGAACGUGAGCGAGCGGACGCGACUAAGCCUAAUAGAAUAAACAACGCGAUCGAGCAGCAGCUGUCCGCAGUUGAAUUGAGAGAAGGCCGACGGCAAAACAAUAGGCACAUCAGAUUAGUCGUGCGUAACGAGUGACUAAAGCCGGAGGCAUAUCUAAUACACCUACAAUUUCUUUGCGCCCAAUUAAAGGCGUUCGAAAUUCGGGCUAUCGCAAAGAAGUGGAUCAUAAACCUAAUCACCAAAAUGAAUAAUUUCAAUAAAAUAUUUAACAGUGAAAGUGAAAACGGUUAAGGUACUCUUUAUGCCUAAGAAUCCAAUACCAAGUGCAGUAGAAUGUUGAGCCCAGUUGGCUGCCCAAUCUGAAAACAUUGAUGGACAUUUAUUUAUAAAAGCACACAAUAUCAAUUUAUAUCAAAAGAUAACUUCCAGUGCUUAAAGUGAAAAUCAAGAUAAAAUACUUCAAAGUGGUAUUGAAAAGUGCGCUUACGCAAAACUGAAUAAACAAAGUAGGAGCUAGAGGGCUCGCCAUUGUAAUUUAAUAUUUAGGGUUAAGCCAUGCCAGGAUUCCACUAGAGAAAUAUGGAAAAGCGGCCAGGCGACAGUCCCGGAGAUUGUCGCGUAACCAGAUCAAGCAUGACGCCCACGCUGCGUCUGGAUCAGAGUCCCAGGCAGGAGCCCCAUCCCCAGCAACCGGAGAGCGGCCCAACUGUAGCGCCUGGAAGGUCCAAGUCGCCCCUUCCCGGAAAAUCGCAGGCGGCGCAGCAUCACCAGUUCCGGGCUCCCCAGCAACAACAAGGACCCAAGAACCGGAACAAGGCCUGGGGCAAGAGGCAGCACAAGGCCGGCGGGAAGCACAAUGCCAGCGCCUGCGUCGGCGCCAGCAGCGCCCAGGCGCAGUCCUCGGGCUCCACCGCGCCGGCCAUUCCCCUCCUGCCGGCAACGGCGUCGGCAGCCCACAAGGCCGAUCUCGAGAACAUCCAGAACAUCCAAAACAAAAACCAGAUUACUGGCGGCACCAACCACCACGGCAACGCCGGAACCGCCCAUCACGGCGGCGGCAAUGCCCAUCACGCCGGAGCGGGCGGAGGUGGACACCAUCACCAUCACAACACGCGACUAGCGCAGAACGCCACCGCUGGUGGAGCGGGCGGCGGAGGAACCAUGCAGCUCUAUAAGAAGAUGCUCACACACAGGGGUCACCAUCACCACGUGCUGUGCGCUGGGAACAAUGCGAACCACACGUGCUGCUUGGUCACGGGCUGCAACGGCAGCUCUGCCGGCGGAGCGGGCGUGCCCGGAAGCGGAGGCGCUGGCGUCGCAUCGGCGGGCGGCGGAGCGCCCUGCAAGGAGGCGCAGAGCAGCAAGGACACCAGCUCCCUGAGCGGCAGCAGCAGCGUCGCGGGCAACGCGGCAGCGGGAAGCGCAGUACACUAUUGCUGCGGCCGCUCGAAGUUUUUCCUGCCGGAGAAGCGGCUGCGCAAGGAGGUGAUUGUCCCGCCCACCAAAUUCCUGUUGGGCGGCAACAUCUCCGAUCCGCUCAACCUCAACUCGCUGCAGAACGAGAACACGUCGAACGCCUCCUCCAGCAACAACACGCCGGCAACCACGCCCCGCCAGUCGCCCAUCACCACCCCCCCAAAGGUGGAGGUCAUUAUACCGCCCAACAUCCACGAUCCGCUCCACUUGCUGGAUCCCGUUGAUUCGAUGGAGUACGAGAAGCAGCUCACUUCGCCGAUGAAGCGGGGAGGGGGCGGCGGUGGAGGGGGGGCGCUGCACCACCGGCAGCACCACCACCGCACGCGAAAGAACCGAAAGCGCCGGCGCUUCGACUCCAACAACACAUCGCACGCUGGUGACGAAGGCGGUGGCGGGGGCGGGGGCGAACUGGCCGACGAACCGCCACAGCCCACAGUCACCUCCUCGCUGGCGGCGUCGCCGGUGGCAGCGCCCGUCAACGUCGGCGGCAGCUUGCUGCUGAGCGAGUCCGCCGCUCCGGCCGCCGGCGAAACGGCGGAAACGGGCCACCAGCAGGCGCAUGUGCGGUCUCCGCAGUCGGCCGCCACGUCGGCCACCGCUGAGCUGCCAACGCCGACGCCGACAGAAGCAGCGGCAGCGGCGGCUGCUGCGGCUGAGGAGCAAGUGGAAGAGCCGGCGUCAGCGCCGGCAGCGCCGUCAUCGCCGCAGCGGCAGCAACAUGUGGCCGCAGCCGCGGAAGAUGCUGCCACUGCUGCGCCGCCCGCUGCUGCUGAGCCGCCGGGGGAGGAGAUGGUGCUCAGUUGCUCGACCACGUCGGCCACACUGGCGGUGGCGUCGACGCUGGCAGAGCGGCGGGCGCAGGCCAGCAGAGACUUGCGCCUGGAUUUGUCGAGCACGUGCUACGGCGUCGGAGGUACGGGGCUGAGCUUCGGCGGCGGCAGUGCAGCCAGCGUGGGCAGUGGUGGUGGCGGGAGGAAGAGGAAAAUCAGCGAGAGCAACAAUUCCCAAAAGAGCAAGAAAUUUCAUCGCCACGAUGCAAUGGAUAAAAUCGUCAGUCCGGUGGUUCCGCAACCCGGUGCCUGGAAGCGCCCACCGCGCAUCCUGCAGCCAAGCGGAGCUAGGAAGCCGAACUCGCGCCGGUCGACAUCCUUCAGCGAAUCAGAGCUGCUUAGUCCCGUAGAGGAGGGGCCGCCCAAACAGCUGCCUCUCACCGAAGUUGAGAUACCCCGUGAAGACACUCCCGAUUUACCAGAGCACGGGCUGGGCAGUCCGCUAAGCACCACUUCGGCUGCCACUUCGCACACGGCUGGUGAGCAGGAUUCCCUGGCCGGAGCGGACAACAGCAUAGGGGAUGCUUCGGCAUCAGGAGACGUGGCCCAGGUCCCAGUGACCAGCAGUAUGAUGCUAGAACCGGCUCUAAUUCCGCCGCUCAAAGUUCUGCCCAAGUUCCGAGCCGAUGGGUUGAAGUACCGGUACGGCAACUUUGAUCGCUACGUAGACUUCCGGCAGAUGAACGAGUUUCGGGACGUUCGCCUACAGGUGUUUCAGCGCCAUGUGGAACUGUUCGAGAAUAAGGAUAUCCUGGACAUUGGGUGCAACGUGGGCCACAUGACUAUCACGGUGGCCAGACAUCUGGCACCGAAGACAAUUGUCGGCAUCGACAUUGAUCGAGAGCUAGUUGCCCGAGCUCGGAGAAAUCUCUCGAUCUUUGUGCGCAUUCCCAAGGAGGAGAAGCUGCCAGAGAUCAAGGCAGAAGCAAUUGUGGAAGUUAAGGCGGAGUCAACGCCGUCUGAGAAAACGGAAGCCGUAGUCGAAGAGGCUUCGGAAUCAGUCCACAAGAAAACGAGGCGCGGAAAGAAGCGGCGCAAGAUGCACCAAGGAAUCCAGCACCAUCACCAUCAUCAUCAUCAUGAUCUAGAACUGCAGCAACAACGGAAACUGGAAGCGCUGCUUGUUAAGCCGCACGAAUUCUUCCCCAUCUCUUUUCCGCUGACCUACGGGGGAAUCCCCCAUUUGCCGCCAUCGAACAAAUCGCCAAAUAUGCUUGGCCUCAAGAAUCUUUUCCCGUCAAACGUCUUCUUCAGACAUACCAACUAUGUUCUCAAGGACGAGUCGUUAAUGGCCAACGAUUUGCAGCAAUACGAUCUCAUACUGUGUUUGUCGGUUACCAAAUGGAUCCAUCUCAACUUUGGGGAUAACGGCUUAAAGAUGGCCUUUAAGCGGAUGUUCAACCAGCUGCGUCCCGGUGGGAAGCUUAUACUUGAGGCCCAGAACUGGGCGAGCUACAAGAAAAAAAAGAACCUGACGCCAGAGAUUUAUAACAACUACAAACAGAUCGAGUUCUUUCCCAACAAGUUCCAUGAAUACUUAUUAAGCUCGGAGGUGGGAUUCAGCCACAGCUAUACACUCGGCGUGCCACGGCACAUGAACAAAGGCUUCUGUCGACCCAUCCAGUUGUAUGCUAAGGGAGAUUAUACCCCGAAUCAUGUGCGUUGGAGCGACGCAUACUAUCCGCAAACACCUUAUGAGGCAUAUCGUGGCAUCUACGCCACCCUUCCCGCACAUCGGAUGGGAGGCGGCGGCAGCAGCGCAGGCGGCAGCCACAGUGGGCAUGCUCAAAUGAUGCACCUCAGCAGCUCCAGUCGGUCGCAGAACUAUGAUACGCCGCACUAUGCAGGUAGCGCCUCCGGCUCGGCCAGCUGCCGGCAGACCCCAAUGUACCAGCCCACCUAUAAUCCUUUGGAGACGGACUCAUACCAACCUAGCUACGACAUGGAAUAUCUCAACCACAUGUACGUGUUCGCUUCGCCGCUCUACCAGACCGUCUGGUCUCCCCCAGCCUCGCUGCGCAAGAGCAGCUCGCACACGCCGGUGUUUGGGAGCGUGCGCGAAGCGGAGCUAGACGGCGAUGGCAGUGGUGGAGGUGGAAGCGGGGGCGGCAGCUACCACCGGCACGUAUAUCCACCCAACGAUGACACCUGCUCGCCGAAUGCCAACACUUGCAAUGCGUUCAACUCGAUUCGCGACGCUGACACAGAUGAUUCCAACCAGCUGCCUGGGGGAAGUCGACGGCAUGUGUAUGCCACCAACUGCGGAGAGAGCUCCUCGUCGCCGCAGGUUAAUCACCACGAGGCGGCCGGUGAGUUUGUGGACGCCCUAAUGGAAGACGAGCAUAAGUCGUCAACUAGCGGUGGGACUGGUGGAGCGGCUUAUUGUGAUCUUUCGGAUGCCUAGAAUAGUAAUGCUUAAGGCAGUAAAAAUGUGUCAAAAAAAAAAACAACAAAAAAACCGAAAAAUAUUAAGAAAACUACGAAGAGUUUUUGAAAAGAAAAAAAAUCAAUGUAACCGUAAACGAGACGCUUAUGUUUUCUAUGGUAUAAUGUGGGUAUAUAUUUUUAUAUAUCAAAAUUUAAUGAAAGAAUAUAUAUACAAAUAUAUACAGAUCUAUAUAUACAUUUUGAACAGAGAUGCAUGUGUUUAGGUAUAUUGUUAUCUGUAUCGAUAAGGCUAACCUUUUUGCUAAAAUGCUUUAUAGUGAACACAUGAUUUAAUCCUGUUGGCAGUUCAAUUGUAAUCCUAGUUUUUAAUCCACCAUAAGCAAUACAAACACUAACACGCUCACACGUAUAUAACUACAUAUACAGGCACACCCACCAACACUCACACACACGACAAGCGGUAGCUUUAAAUAAUAUUAUAUAUAAUGCUGUAAAAGUGUUUAGCAAACGUGAAAAAUUCCAUGAAAUUAAACUAUUUUUGAUUAAAA